GCCGCAGUAACGACGCGUUGGGUCGGGAACCGCCGCCGUCCGCGGUGCCUCCAUCCCGGUCCUGUCCCUGCAUCCCGGUCACCCUGCCGCCGGGCCCGGGCCCUCCCGCCAUGGCCAUGGACAAGUACCAGGUGCUGGGGCUGGUGGGGGAAGGCAGCUACGGGGUGGUGACCAAGUGCAGGAACAGGGAGAGCGGGCGGAUCGUGGCCGUCAAGAAGUUCCUGGAGAGCGACGACGACGCGGCGGUGAGGAAGAUCGCCCUGAGGGAGAUCAAGCUGCUCAAGCAACUCCGGCACGAGAAUCUGGUGAACCUGCUUGAUGUGUGUAAAAGGAAGAAGAGGUGGUACCUGGUGUUUGAAUUUGUGGAUCACACUGUGCUCGAUGACCUUGAGGCUUCUCCCAAUGGAUUGGACUACGACAGGGUUCGGAAAUACUUGUUUCAGAUUAUCAGGGGACUUGCCUUUUGUCACAGCCAUAAUAUAAUCCAUCGGGAUAUUAAGCCAGAAAACCUACUGGUUUCCCAGUCAGGAGUUGUGAAACUCUGUGACUUUGGAUUUGCCCGGCCCAUUGCAACUCCUGGGGAAGUUUACACGGACUACGUGGCCACCCGCUGGUACAGAGCCCCGGAGCUGCUGGUGGGGGACAGCAAAUAUGGCAAGCCUGUGGACGUGUGGGCUACUGGCUCCCUGAUAACAGAAAUGCUUACAGGAGAGGCCCUUUUCCCUGGAGAUUCAGACAUUGACCAGCUCUUCCACAUCACCAAGUGCCUGGGUAACUUAAUUCCAAGACAUCAGGAGUUAUUCUAUAAAAACCCCCUCUUUGCUGGCAUGAAGUUGCCUGAGGUGAAGGAGCUGGAAUCCCUGGAGAAACGCUAUCCCAAGCUCCCUCCUGCCGCACUGGAUUUAGCCAAGGAGUGCUUGCAGAUUGACCCAGACAAGAGACCAUCCUGUGCCGAGCUCCUGCAGGGCGAUUUCUUCAACAAGGAUGGCUUUGCUGAAAGAUUUACCCAGGAGCUUAAACAAAAGAUCCUGAAAGAUGCCAUACGCCAUCAGUUCCAUAAAAAAUAUAAAAUCAAUAAAAGGGACAAAGAUGAUGUCUUACAAGAAAGAAAAAUGAUCAGCGUCCAGGAUUUCACCAUGGGACCAAGGAUCAAAGAUGGAAAGCUGAUGAAGCCCAAGCUCUCUAAAGCUGAUGCAGAGAAAGCAGAUCAGUCCUCCAAGCUGGGCUUUCUCUACGACACCACAACCAACCAAUUUAAAUUCAGCCCUCAGACCAACCUGAGAGAUUCCAGCAGCAGUUUGGACUAUGCCAAGAACCCAGGCACAGUUAUCCCUCCCAUCAACCAGAACUUCUCUCCUAUACUUGGGAUGGGUUCUGGGCCUGGGGGCCUUAAUUACAGACUUGAUGGAAAGAGUCAGAAAUACUUGAACCCGUUGCUAAAGGCACGGAAGCCUUCUCCACUGGCCCGUUGCAGUGUCAGCUUGACACCAGUUACUAAUGAGAAACCCAUCCUUCAGGCAAAUAAGAAAAAAUGGGAAUUCCUCAAGACAAAUGUGCGUUUGCCAGAAUUGAGUCAUCUCCCCGAGCUGAGAGGAGUGGAAGCUCGGCAUCCUAGAUUUCUGAAAAAGAAAAAUAGAACAUUUGCAGAGUCCCGAGUCCCCUCCCUCGCUGCUAUCGACCUUCAUAACUCAAAUCUGGCUUCACAGCAGCUGUCAGGGACCUUGAUGCCAGAUGCAUCAGAAGCCAACUUCCCCAGGGUCGAGCACUAGCCCUGGGGAGAGGGUCACACCUGCCUGUAAAAGGUGGGCUUUCAUUUCUGCUGUGUAGCCUGCUGGGGGC